GGCUGCGCGUCAGAAACAUGAGAAGGGUGAAGCAUUCAGAGUCCCGGGCAGCGCUUCGCAGGUCGCCGGAUAAAAUGCAGGAGGAGACGGCGGUCCGUGCGGUUUGAGCUCUGGAUCUCAGGACGGGAACAUGUGAGCGGGGAAUGGGCUACUGCAGACGGGAUUAUUUUCUGCACAACCCAGAGACGCAGGAGGGAGCCAGAAAAGGACAGACACGGAGACACUGUGACACAUUCCAGGAGGGUUUCAUUCUUUUAUUUAUUUAUGCAUCAGACAAAUCGGGAAAAUAUCUGCCCAAAGAUGAACACCAUCAUGUUUAACAAGCUCAGCAGUCAGGUCCUGUUUGAAGAGAAGGCGAACGAAGUAGAAAUGAGCAGCAGAAAUUACCUGGAAGUCAUCGACGGGCAACAUCCAGACCUCCUGUCCAGCCGACAGAGCAUCAGAGACACCCAGGCCAUCGGGCACCGACGCAGCGGGGGUCGUCCCAGCGGGGGCAAAGUGCGACACAAACGCCAGGCCUUGCAGGACAUGGCGAGGCCACUAAAGCAGUGGCUCUAUAAACAUCGGGACAACCCGUAUCCCACCAAGACGGAGAAAAUCCUGUUGGCCCUCGGCUCUCAAAUGACCCUGGUCCAGGUUUCUAACUGGUUUGCCAAUGCCAGGAGGCGGCUGAAGAACACAGUGAGGCAGCCUGACCUGAGCUGGGCGCUCAGGAUCAAACUGUACAACAAAUACGUUCAGGGCAACGCUGAGAGGUUGAGUGUGAGCAGUGACGACAGCUGCUCAGAAGAUGGGGACAAGCCUCAGAGGACGCAGAGCAGCCCAGAGGAGCUCAACAAGCCCAUGUACCAGAGCGUCAUCAAGAAGGAGGGCUCUGCCAUGGUGGGCAUGACCAUGGGCAUGGGGGUGGGGUUACGCUCUGCUGCAGAAGCCGCCUCAUUGGCUGAUGAAUACGUGUCACCGCCUAAGUACAAGAGCAGCUUAUUGCAUCGCUACCUGAAUGACUCCCUGCGCCACGUCAUGGUGGCCAACGGCGUCAUGGAUGCUCGCAAGAGGAACCACUCUGGCUCCUUCAGCUCCAACGAGUAUGACGAUGAGCUGCUCUCACCAUCGUCCUCUGAGGCUGAGGCCAACUUUGUUUAUCGGGCUGAAACCACAGAUCACGGAACAAGUAAAUGUGACAUUACCAGCGGCAGUGGCGUCGGCACUACGCAGAAAGAGAAGGUGAAGGGCAAAGACGAGACGUACUGGAGGGAGAUCAACGCUGCCAUGGCCUUGACCAACUUGGCGCAGGGGAAGGACGGUGUGUCUGGGACCACCAGCUGCAUCAUUCAGAAGUCCUCUCAUAUAGCAGAGAUCAAGACUGUCAAAGUGCCUCUGGUGCAGAAAUAUUAACACGUUAUCCUUUCCGCUCUUUCUAUGCAAAACGGCAAACAUUCCUGUUGGGUCCAAACAAACUGUCCCUCAAGAGGCGACUAGAGAGACGACUGUUGUGUUGUUGUGAGAGAAGGUUUUUUAUUAGUGUCUAAAGCUUACAAAUGAGGAUUCACCCACACUUUUCUUUGCUGGGUUUAUGUUUGACAGACAAAUGUUGAUGAUAAUUUCACUGCAGUAUUCGUUAAGA